AAAAGCAAGAGAUAUUGUAUUUGCAUUUGGUUCUUUUAAGUGUUCUCAUAGCAUUUCUACUAAAAAUGGCUGAGGAACAAAACACCCAAAAUGUGGAGAGAGUAAUUGAAAAUGCUGAAUUGCCUUCACCUGAACCCAAUGAGCAACAAACUACUUCAAAAAAGACAAAGGUUCCCAAAAAAGACAAGAAGAGGAAGAGUGGUGAACCAACUGCUGAAGAAGAAGAAGGAGAAGAAACAGAAGAAGAUGGAGGUAAGAGAAAACCCACUAAACCUAGAUCUUGGACUUGGGAUCAUUUCACUAAAUAUAAUUGUCCUAAGUCAAGAAAACGUAGGGCUAGAUGUAAAUGGUGUGAGGCAACUUAUGCAUGUGAUACACAUAGGAAUGGUACAUCUAAUUUAAAGAAUCAUUUGUUGACUCAAUGCAAAAAGUUUCCAAGAGAAACUACUAAUGAUGCAUAA